AUGUCCGACGAAGUAAAGCCUGCGGCGGCAUCGCCGGAGUACCAGACUGCCCACAUAUCCGAGAAGGGCCGUCGUGACUCGGCAGCACUUGAAGGCAUCAACGCGAACAUCAAUGCUCGAAUUUCGAAUCCUUUGAAGGGCCUAACUCGGGAGGAGCUUUUCAAACGAGUAGACGAGCUCGUCGACUCCCAGGGCAUGCAGGAAGACCGCGAGCUUCUCAAGAAGGGUGCGUUAGUUGCACAGGACCCCGAGAAUUACAAGGCCAUCCAAGGAGAAUACGCGCUGGAUGCCACGGAGACUGAAUGGCUCGAACUCGAGGUCACCCACAAAUGGAGAGUCCCAAAGAUGUUAUACAUGACCAUCAUUACCUGUUCCAUCGGAGCUGCGGUGCAAGGUUGGGAUCAGGAGGGAAGCAACGGCGCGAACCUGUCUUUCCCCAAGCAAUUCGGCAUUGGGGAUCCGAAUGCGGAUCGCGAUACGUUCCUCGUCGGAUUGAUCAAUUCUGCUCCUUAUAUCGGUUCGGCCUUGAUUGGUUGCUGGUGUUCCGACCCGCUCAACAACUACUUUGGUCGUCGAGGCACGAUCUUCAUCUCUGCUAUCUUCUGUCUACUGACCCCAAUUGGUGGUGCCCUCACCCAAAACUGGGAACAGCUACUCGCCACGAGACUACUCCUUGGCAUCGGUAUGGGUAUCAAGGCUUCGACUGUUCCUAUUUUUGCCGCCGAGAACAGUCCAGCGGCAAUUCGUGGAGCACUGGUGAUGACCUGGCAGAUGUGGACGGCCUUUGGAAUUCUUCUGGGAGUUACUGCUAACCUGGUUGUUGGCAAGGUUGGAGAUAUUGCCUGGAGACUGCAAGUUGGCUCCGCCUUCAUCCCCGCCAUUCCACUUACCCUCCUCAUCCUCUUCUGUCCCGAAUCCCCGCGAUGGUACAUGAAGAAGAACCGAUACAAGGAGGCCCUCCACUCUCUUGUCAGGCUCAGAAACCACAAGAUACAGGCCACCCGUGACUUGAUUGCCAUCGAUGCGCAGCUGCAACUUGAGAGGGAAGCUAUUGGAGGCUCAACUUAUAUCAGACGAUUCAUCGAGCUCUUCACCAUCCCGCGUGUACGCCGAGCAACUCUCGCCUCGUUCGUCGUCAUGAUCGCGCAACAAAUGUGUGGUAUCAACAUCAUUGCAUUCUACUCCAGUACCGUCUUCAAGGAGGCCGGAACUGAUGACUUCAACGCUCUGCUGGCUUCUUUCGGAUUCGGUCUGGUCAACUUCAUCUUUGCUUGGCCAGCCAUCUGGACUAUCGAUACCUUCGGCCGUCGCUCUUUGCUGCUAUUCACUUUCCCCAACAUGGCCUGGACCCUACUGGCCGCCGGUCUUUGCACGCUCAUUCCCGGACAAGGUGGUGCUCACGUGGGCUUGGUAGCACUGUUUGUCUACUUGUUCGCUGCGUUCUACUCUCCAGGAGAGGGUCCAGUUCCGUUCACCUACAGUGCCGAGGUCUUCCCGCUGUCUCACAGAGAAGUCGGCAUGGCUUGGGCUGUUUCUACCUGUCUGUUCUGGGCGGCUGUGCUCUCAAUCACCUUCCCCAAGAUCUUGGCAUCUCUGCACGUUAUUGGCGCCUUCUGUCUGUACGCAGGUUUCAACGUAGUAGCGUUCUUCAUGAUCUGGCUCUGGCUUCCGGAGACGAAACAGCGCACCCUCGAGGAGCUCGACUAUGUCUUUGGUCUGCCCACUUCGAAGUUCAUCAAGUACAACGUUGAGGUUUGGCUGCCGUGGUUCAUCCAACGCUGGGUCUUCUUCCGCAAGAACGCGGUCCUCAAGCCCCUGUACCACUUCGAGUCCGGCCACACCAGCUCGGCGGAAGCUAUUGUCAAGAGCGACCAGGGCCACACCGAAUAUGCCGAGACGAAAGAGCCAACUGAAGUUGGUGACAAGUCGACCUCAGCCACUGGGGCAGAAACCCACCCGGCUGCUGGUGAUACCAAGGCUUUGUAA